CUUGCGGCGAGCGCGCUAGCGGUCGGCGGCGCUGCUGGCGGGAGAGGCUACAACGCCUCUGUCUGAGGAGCGAUGCCGAGGGAAAUCAUCACCCUACAGUUGGGCCAGUGCGGCAAUCAGAUUGGGUUCGAGUUCUGGAAACAGCUGUGUGCCGAGCAUGGCAUCAGCCCCGAGGGCAUCGUGGAGGAGUUCGCCACUGAAGGCACUGAUCGCAAGGACGUCUUUUUCUACCAGGCAGACGAUGAGCAUUACAUCCCCCGGGCUGUGCUGCUGGACCUGGAGCCCCGGGUGAUCCACUCCAUCCUCAACUCCUCCUAUGCCAAGCUCUACAACCCAGAGAACAUCUACCUGUCUGAGCACGGAGGAGGAGCUGGCAACAACUGGGCUAGUGGAUUCUCCCAGGGCUUCGUGCUGUGCCAUUCCAUUGCCGGGGGGACAGGCUCUGGCUUGGGCUCCUACCUCUUGGAACGUCUGAAUGACAGGUACCCCAAGAAACUAGUGCAGACAUACUCGGUGUUUCCCAACCAGGACGAGAUGAGCGACGUGGUGGUGCAGCCCUACAACUCCCUCCUCACCCUAAAGCGGCUGACCCAGAAUGCAGACUGUGUGGUGGUGCUGGACAACACAGCCCUGAACCUGAUCGCCACAGACCGCCUGCACAUCCAGAACCCAUCCUUCUCCCAGAUCAACCAGCUGGUGUCCACCAUCAUGUCAGCCAGCACCACCACCCUGCGCUACCCAGGCUACAUGAACAAUGACCUCAUCGGCCUCAUCGCCUCGCUCAUUCCCACCCCUCGGCUCCACUUCCUCAUGACUGGCUAUACACCUCUCACCACGGACCAGUCAGUGGCCAGUGUGAGGAAGACAACAGUCCUGGAUGUCAUGAGGCGGCUGUUACAGCCCAAGAACGUGAUGGUGUCCACAGGCCGGGAUCGCCAGACCAACCACUGCUACAUCGCCAUCCUCAAUAUCAUCCAGGGAGAAGUGGACCCCACCCAGGUCCACAAGAGCCUGCAGAGGAUCCGGGAAAGGAAGUUGGCCAACUUCAUCCCCUGGGGCCCAGCCAGCAUCCAGGUGGCCCUAUCAAGGAAAUCCCCUUACCUGCCAUCAGCCCACCGGGUCAGUGGGCUCAUGAUGGCUAACCACACCAGUAUCUCCUCGCUCUUUGAACGGACCUGCCGCCAGUUUGACAAGCUGCGGAAAAGGGAGGCCUUCAUGGAGCAGUUCCGCAAGGAGGACAUCUUCAAGGACAAUUUCGACGAGAUGGACACAUCUAGGGAGAUUGUGCAGCAGCUGAUUGACGAGUACCAUGCGGCCACGCGGCCAGACUACAUCUCCUGGGGCACCCAGGAGCAAUGAGUCCCCAGGACAGGGACCCUCAUCUGCCUUACCAGUUGGCCCAGGCUCUGCCUAGCUGACCACGCCUCAGAGCACAGAUCAGGGACCUCACAAAUACUCAUAUACACACAUAUGUACGUGCACUGUCUAUUGGCCUGGGGAUGGGUUACUUCUUCUCUGAGAGUAUUUAUCUUUAAUAAAGCACUGGAUGGAAAUCAAGUCACCAGUCUCUGAACUCAGGCUUUGGAGCUGGGGACAGACGUGCCUGUUUGUCCUUCAUCUCUGAUGCUUUUCUCCCGCACUUCACACUUGCGACAUCU